CGGGACGCCCGGUCGAUUCCAGGGGCGCGCGCAAACACUCUACUUUCCAAAAACCGAAUGAACCGUAAAAAUUGUGUAAGAAAAAUCAUAAAAUCGUCGCCGUGCUAAAUGGAUUUUAAAACCAGACAUUGCCUCCGUGCACGACUACCUGUUACUGUUAGAAGUUUGGCCAAUAUUGCGGUAUAAUUUGUCGCGAAAUCGGUAUUUGGGCAAAUAUUUACUAUCAAUUAAUUAGCAAACGAAGGUGCGUAAUCACACAUGGAUUGUUGCAACUUGUCAUGACAUAUCGGAAGUAAAUUAAUAACAAGUGAAAAUUGGUACGUUAUUUUAAAAAUUUAAAAUGUCGCAUUCUUGAUAAUAAAUUAAACGUUAAAGUGUCGCAGUAGAAACGUUAUGAAAAUUAACAAGUUUUAAUAGGCAAGUUAUUUUUUUACUGACUUGUUCAGUUAUAAUAUGUGGUAAUCUGGAGCCGGCCCGCGGCAGAGCUGAAUGACAGAGAAACUUGUUGUACCCGAGAUGUGGCGGGGCUGGAGGUGAGCGAUGCGGGCGCGGUGGGCGGCGUGGGCGCUCGCUUGGUGCGCGUGCGCCGCGGCCGCGCCCGUCGAGUCGCCGCCGCCGGCGCCGCUCUGCGACCCGCUGCUGCUGCGGCAUCCGCCGCCCAGACCCUCAUCGCCGCCGCCGGCGCUGCUCUGCGACCCGCUGCUGCUGCGGCAUCCGCCGCCCAGACCCUCAAAUGUGGUGGAGAUGGAGUCAGCCGCGGCGAAUGCUGCGCGGUCGUUGUCCGAGCUGAUUGAGUCGGGCGGCGCGAACGAGACGCGCGCGGCGGCGCUGGCGCGCUCCGUGCUGGGCGCGGCGCUCGACCCGCCGCCCGACGCCGUGGCCCUCGGCGCGCCCCAGCUCCGCCUCGGCGUGCUCUUCGUCGCCGACCCGCCCAGACUGAUCAUCUUCCAACAAAACAACUCUGCGGCCCUCCAGCAAUUCUGGAAAACGUUGGCCUCCGCGUGGAACGCGAGUAACGUCGUCUGGUCGAAUGGCUGGUACUCUUGCGAAAGAGAAGAUAGAGGAUGGUGGAGCGGCGCGGCGGCGGCGCGGGGAUCGGGCGCUUUCCGCGCCGCGGCUGCGCUGUUCCGACGGAUGCCUGUCAUGCCGUGUGAGGAAGCAAUGUACGAUCGCAUGGGUGGCCCGCCGGCCUGCGAUCCGGACACAACGGAUUGUGAAGCUUUUCCGGCUUCAGGAUCUGACUUUCAAAAUAUUGAGUACCGUUGCAAGUGCCGGCGGGGCUACUGGCACGAGCUGGGCAGCGGCUGGCUGAGCGGCUCGGCGCUCACGGACCCGCUGCGCUGUGCGGCGUGCGGCAUGGGCAGCGACGAGGCGCAGUGCGAUGGAGAAGUGUUCCACGCUUCGCUCCUGGCUGCCAACCUAGCCGGCAUGCUCGUGUGCCUCGUCAUUGGACUCAUUAUAUUUAGGAAGAGGAAGUGUAAAGCCGUGGCAAUGUGCAUGUGGACUGUGCUAGAGGUGGUAUUGCUUGGGGCCCUGUUGAUGUAUGGAUCCGCAGCGACCCAGUACGUCAAGGACCCGCGGGUGCGCUGCGUGGCGGGCGCGUGGCUACGCGAGCUGGGCUUCGUGGCGUGCUACGGCUCAGUGGUACUGCGGCUGUGGGUGCUGCUCGCAGAGUUCCGCACUAGGAAGGCGCACCGGUGGACUCCCAGGGACUCCGAGGUGCUCCGAAUAGUAGGCGCAAUGCUCUGCGGCGCCACGUGUUACCUAGCAGCGUUUACAGCGACGGCAGCGUGUGAGCGAGAAGGCUGCACCAACGCGGCUUGGCACCACGUCACCGCUGGCGCUGAACUACUGCUGCUGGCCGCUGGCGCUAGGAUCGCUUAUGCGGCGAGGAACGCUAAUGUGCCCUUCCAGGAACGCGGCUGGCUGGCGACUGCUCUGGCGUGUGAGUUCUUCAGCGGGUUAGCGUGGCGGGGCGCAGCACUGGCAGGCGCAGCGCCGGAGCAGGAGCCGCUAGCCGCCACGGCGCGCGCGCAGAUCUCCUCCGGUGCCGCGCUAGCCUGCGUGCUGGCACCCAGGCUGUGGCAUGGGUAUCGCGCACGGUCACUUGCGCAAGAGGUGUCCCGCAGAGGCCCGGCAGAGGGCUUCGGUGUAGAAGGCGAGGAGGAACCCACGUCGGAGGAGGUGCGGGCCGAGCUGAAGCGGCUAUACGUGCAGCUCGAGAUCCUGCGCAACAAGACGCUGCGGCGCGACAACCCUCACAUCAGCAAGCGCCGGGGAGGCCGCAAGCCGCCGCACAGGCGGUUCUCAUUGCAGAAAAAGGGCAGUCGCGAAAAGGCGUUGCAGGCGCGGCGCGGCGGCAAGGGCAAGGCCGGCGGCAGCGCCAGCGCCGUGGAGGCGAGCGAGGCCGGCGACGCGUCGCGCACGCCCGAGGACUCGGUGUGCUCCAACGAGGGCCCCUCGCACUACACCGACUGCGACCAGACGUGAUCCCGCCGCCGCGACGGCUCGGCCAGUCGCGCCACGGCCAACGGCUACGGCGACCUGCUGGAGGUUUAGACUCGGGCUGCAUCACCGUGUGUUGGUUCUGUUCGGACAAUUAUACUUGGUAUUUCGAUUAUUAAUAGUCUGCGUUUCGGCAGCUUAUGAAUGAUUCUUCUCUCAUUAACAUUGGACUAAAAUUGAUGGGGUAAAUAUUACCAAAAUAUUUACCGACGCAUUUUGUAUGCGUUAAUUGAAAUUCUAAUGAAAUUGUAAUGCUUUUGUCUAACACAUUAUAAGUAAAAGCUCAUAAAAUGAGCACGGCAUGGCCCGUACAUAAAUGUUAGUAAUGAAUACUCCUAUGUAAAAAACGCCCAUUAUAGUGAAAUGGCAUGCCUGUUGCGGUACUAGGUGUAAUGGCUAAUCGAGUAAGAUCAUGUAAGAAAUAUGGGAAAGUGGCCGUUAGUUUUCGUACGUGUUGCGUUUUUAGAGAAGUUUCUUCUUGUUCUACUAAAAUAGAUGAACCACUCGGAUCUAUCUUUUCCAGAGCAAUAAUUUGCCUAGUCCCUGACCAAUGGUGUUACAGUAAAUUAGUCUCUAAGAUGCAGGGCACUCAACAAGAAAACUUCAUAUGCUAUAACUAUUCUCGAAUUAGCGAAAUGCAAUGAAACAUUAAUUAUUUAGAGCAUUCAGUCCAUAAACUGAUUUUAUUGGUUUGCUACUAUUAAGAAAUUGCGUGCCUUUAAGUGGAUAUCGAAAUAUGGAUUCUUUUUCUACUGCUAACACAUGGUGAAAUGAGCAGAACAAGUGUAAGAUCAUUCAUUUUCACAGAAAGUAAAUAAGUACCUAUAUCAAACCGAAGCAAUAUAGGAAGUAGGGAAAACGUUCAUAACUACGGUUUUUUUAUCGCGUUUAUUAUUAUAAUGGUCCAUGAAGCACAAGUAAUACGAGUUUCCUUUUUAGUUACUCGUGUAGGUACAAACAUAAUAAUACAAUAGUUUUAUAAGUUAAUGUGAUUCAAGACCAAACGCGAGACCGGUAAAGUAGAUAUUAAUUAAUGUAUAGACACAAACAUUCCAGUUGGGGGCUGAUAUAUGAAUUACGACCACUCGAAAUUGUGUACUUCGUUCAAUCUAUCUCGUUUUCUGAAACAGUCAUUUUGAUAUUUUCCACAGAUUUGCCAGUGGUAUAAACGGUAGCUCAAUUUUUUUUUAAAUCGGCCUCCUCUUCUAUUCAGUAAGCGAAUAUUGUCAGCAUCAACAUCUUUUUCGAAUUUUUUUAGGUUAAGAAUGACAUGACUUAAAAUUUAAUAAGACAUGUAAUUAUAAUUUAAUGAACUGCUUAUUUUCAAGUCCCAUCAAAAUGCUUAGCUAUAACUGAAAAUCUCGAUCUUCUAUAUAUAUGAGUAAAAUUUGUUUAAUAUAUUGAUAAUAUAUUUGUUGUUGUACCUACUUAGACCUAAUUUAAAGUAAAUUUUCGUUGUAUAAGUAAGUGUUGACUAUUCGUUUGUAAAAAAGUGAACUUCCUACAUAAUAAUAACAGCACUGCAGCAUACUUACAUAAUCAUUAUUUGUCCUAUAUGGUGUCUAUAUUUAUAUAUUUUCUGAAUAUCAAAAAAUUACAUUCAUUGCAUCUAAGUCGGAACCUUGAGGAGUAUUUUAGAUUUUAGAAUAUGAUAGCAAAAUGAACAAUAUGUAUGCUCUAGAAUGAUAUGAAUCGGACAUGUCUCUGUCAAAAAUGACGAUACUUCGAACACAAUGUCUAAUGUUUAUACCUAUUUGUCGUAAAUAUCCUAAAAUGUAUACCUACAUAUUAGGCCGUAAAUAAAUAUGACAACAUCGCGUUAAGAUCAUAUUUGUAAAGUCUGAAUACGCCUCUUUAUAACAUACCUAAUGAUAUGUAAAUAUGCUGAUAAGUGGGAACACAUUAAAGAUAUGUAUGUAAUUUUGUUUCUUAGAAAAUUAGGACUCUCGUGUCCAGUUGUUAUUGUAUUAAAACAUUCUCUCUAAAUUAUAUUGAUGGGUAAAGAAAGGGCGCUAAGCACGAUGUAUUCCGUACAUUGACCCGUCUAUAUCUAUCUCUGUCGCGCGCGCAGUUAUAUUGAAGUUGCUUUCAUAUCGGUGGUCAAUAUUACUAUGCACGGCUGCACGCACUACAAUAAUAAAAUUAAGCGCGUGAACUACAUAGAAACGGUUAAAUAUACGAAAUUCUUAGUGUCAAGCGUUUCUUGUUUAAUAUAUGGGUAGCGCGGGUGGUAUAUAACAAUAGAUACGUGUAAAUAUUAGAGUAAGUGUUCGACAUUCAGCCCGAUUCGAACUUUAAUUUGUAAGAAAUAAGCUCUAGAUGCGAUAUGAAUCGGAUAUGGCCAAAUUUUUUGUUUGAAGAAAUGUGGCUCUUUAUAUAUCCGACCCAUAUCGAAUGUAGAGAUAAUUUGCAAUGCAUAUUAAUGUUCGAAUCGGGUAGAUCACGUGUGCGAAGUCUGGCCGUUAUUGUUUGUGUUCCGUUGAGCUUCGUUUCAUGUUUGCGACGCGCGAGCGUAUAUUGUGAUGCCGAGUAGUAUUAUAUAUCGAUAAUAUAUUAUUUAUUAAUAAACCACAUGUUCAUA